AUGUACGUAUGUGAGGAGGAGGAGGAGGAAGGUCGUCCGAUCGCCGCACGACGUGGCGAGCGUAGAGGAAGCCAAGCCUCCACCGGAGAGCGGCCGACGGAGGAUUCUGUUCCCUUCCUUCCUUUUGCGGCGAUCGGCGAGGGGGAGUUGCCGACAAGUGAGCAUCCUCGUUCGCACGUCGUCGGCGAGGGGGAGUUGCCGACAAGUGAGCAUCCUCGUUCGCAUGUUGUCGGCGAGGGAGAGCCGCCGACAAGUGAGCAUCCUCGUCCGCUCGUCGUCGCCGAGGGAGAGCUGCCGACAAGUGAGCAUCCUCGUCCGCUCAUCGUCGCCGAGGGCCGUCCGAGCGCGACGGAGGAACCAGGAGGAACCUUCGCGCGAGGGAGAGGCCUCGCCGGAGAGGAGGUCGUGGACUUUGCGGAGGGGCCGGCGAACGGGUUCCUAGAAGGAAGCUCGGGAAGGUGGCUGUUUCCCGCGGAGCCGAGUUUUCUGCCUGCGGGAGGACCUGCGGAGGGUGGCGUAGAAGGAAGGUUUGACGUCCGGAGGAGAAGCGAGGAGGUGCCGGCUGGAUCACGAAGAGGUGCCUUUGCAGACACGCCAGAAGAAGAUGUUGCAGAACAUGACUUUGGUGGAGGAGAUUUUAUAGGACCAGUAGAAGAAAGCUUCAGACUGCCAGUAGAGGGAAUACCGAUACAACCAGGAGAAGGAAGCCACAGACAGUCCAUAGAAGGAAGCUACAGACAACCAGUAGAAGGAAGCCACAGACAGCCCAUAGAAGGAAGCUUCAGACAACCAGUAGAAGGAAUCUCAAGGCAACCAGUAGAAGGAAGCUUUAGACAACCAGUAGAAGGAACCUUUAGACAACCAGUAGAAGGAAUCCCCAGGCAGCCAGUAGAAGGAAUCUUCAGACAGCCAGCAGGUGGUAGCGGCAUCGCAGGAGAAGCCAGUGACGCUGGAGGUGCCGGUCCUACUAGUGAUGUUCCCCGCUGGCCCCUCGCACCUCCUCCCAGCUUCCUCUUCGAGGGAGAAGGCGAGAGCUACCCGUCCGCAACUCGUCGUGGCUUUGCAUCGGUGGAGGGUUCCCGGCGAAGCAAGCGGCAGGCGGGCUACGUCCCGUUCAGCAGCAGCAAUAGUGGUGGGGACCCGAUGGGAAUCCUGGUGGUGGAGGAAAACCACGGUCCGGCGGCGGACGGAGAGAGACGCCCGUUCGACGCCAGGAUGCCCAUCUAUAACUCAGACUUCCUGUCAGAGGAGGAGCCGAGCGAAAGAGAGGACUCCAAGCUUCCCGGCGGCUUCCCCCUCGUCGCGCCGUGGUUCGACAUCGCGGGGGAGGGGGCGCCGGGGGAGAGCGGCAGCGCGGCGGCGAGGGACCUCUCCCAGCUGCCGACGUCGCUACCCGCCGUGCCAAACGAGGGCGCCACCGAGGGCAAGGGUCCUCGCCGCCAGGAUAAGGACAACGACGUGGCGGGCUACGGGCGCGACACCUCGCCCGACCUCGUGCAAGCGGAGCAGUACGGCGAGUCGGAGACGCGCGUCACGCCGCACGCGCUCAGCCUCACCCGCAUCCGGCUGAAACUGAAGCACGAAGCCACGCUUACGGGCAACGCGUCGCGCACGUUCGUGAUGCGCGGCGGCGGCGGCGUGCUGCAGCAGGGAAGCACCUACGUGGUACAGGUGUCUGUUACAGAUAAAAUCAACGGCAACCAGAGUUCAGCCUUGACGUACUUCAGUGUGAAUAAAGGACCGAGGUUUGGAAAGUGCACAGUGCAGCCGGAAGUGGGUGUGGAACUUGAAACGGAAUUCAAAGUCCACUGCAUGGAAUGGAAAGAUAAGAACCUGCCGCUGUGGUAUGAGAUAAGUUACGCGUUGGCAGACAACGAACCGAGGCAACUCAUCUAUUACGGAUUCCACCAUGAAGCCAAGUUCCUGCUGCCGAGUGGUACGGAGGACAGGAACAACUCAGUGAGCGUGCGCGUCGCCGUGAGAGAUUCAAUUGGCGGUCGCACCAGCGUCUGUGCGAUGGCCGUCGCCGUGCUGCCAGCCAAUGAGACGGCUCUGAACAUCAACCAUCUGGCGGCCAUGACGCAGGGCGCCGGCGGGAGGCUGCGCACGUACGUUGCCCACGGCGACGAGUACGCAGCACGUCACUAUGCCGCGGCUUCGGCGCGAACGCUGGACAGGCUGGCUGCGACGGCAAGGGAUAAGGAUGCUGGGAAGGAGGAGGAGGAGGAGGAGGAUGCGAUGGGAGAAGAGGAUGCUGCGCAGGCGUCUGCCGUCAGAGCCGCUCUGCUGGGCGUCGUCGCCGAGCUUCCGCUCAGGACCGAGUUCGACUGUCUGCAAGCUGUGACCGAUCUGGCUGCCAUCACCAGCGCCCCACGUCAGCUAACUCCCGCGACCCUGAAACUUGCCAUCGACUUCCUGAAGGCGGUGGUGACGCGUGUGGCGGAUGAGGCCACCGACAGGUUGGACGGCGACUUCGUCCACUUGUUCGGAACGGCUGCGUCCAACAUCCUACGCGGCGUCGUUGAAACGCAACCGGGGGCGUGGCUAGCGAAGAGGGUGAUGUCAUCAGUAGAGCUGUCCGUCACGAAGCUAAUACGGGUGGAGCUAGGAUACCGCACCCAGGAUGAGAAGCCUUUUAACCUGACGACGCCGUUCGUCUCGGUGCUGGCGUCUCGCUAUGUGGUCGCCACGGCAACUACUCUCGCAGCCGACCACGCGGCUUUCACGCUUCCGCAGCAGAUGCUUGGCAGUCGCCACGGCAACGGCACGGACGGAUGCUACGAGGCACACAUGCUCACCUUUCACCAGGAUCCGUUUGGAUGGGGGAAAAAUCCGGUUGAGUCGGAGGUAGCCUCACUCACUGUCUACACGUGUGACGGCGAGGAGGUUGUUGUCAAGGAUCUGUCACCACGGCAACAGGUUACCAUGGAGAUACCGCGACAACAGCACUCUCUACACAUCGUGUUGCACAUGCACGGCGCGCGGGAUAGCAGUCAAGAUGGUGGUCGCUUGUUCCCCAUCUCACUGCUGCUCAGUUACGAUAGUCCGCCGACGCCCGACAACUAUGAGGUACGACAGGACUUUGAGGUUGGUGAGAAGGAACUGAGAUUGUUUCUCCCUGUCGGAGCUCUCAAUGUCUCCGGUCCCUACUACCUGGGCAUCGUUGACGGGACGUUUAACGCGGGCCGGCCGCGGGGGGACGAGGUCCAGGCUCAGACCUACACGCUGCAGCUGUGGUUCGGACAGUGCCUCUACUUUGACGAUGGCCUUGACAUGUGGUCAGACAAGGGCUGCCUGCCGAUGGAGAGCUCCACUUACACGGCGACACACUGCCGCUGCAACCAUUUGACAGCGUUUGGGGCUAGCUUCCUGACACCACAGAUGACCUUCAUGACAGUAGAGGUCGAGUCAUUCUUUAGGUUGAAUGAGAACGCUCUCAGCUACGGCCUGCUGGUGCAGCACUGCUCUGCUGCGCUCGUGUUCGCGCUGUGCGCUCGAGCUGAUCUCCACGACGCGACGAAGCGCGCCCUGUCCACCUCGUCGACAACUCCGCCAAGGACAAGCAGACGUGAGCCUGAUCUUGCACGGGGCAGCGGCAUGUCAGAGACGAGGGAGCUGGUGUCGUCUGACGGCAGCCUCUGUCGAGAGACAGUCCUGCGAACCUUCAUCAUGACGUAA